CCGCUCUCUGAUUCUUUUAUUUGACGCUCUGCUUCUUCUUCCUUCUCAUUCACUUCCUCCAUCCCCUUCUCGCAUGAUCAUUCACUUUUGCAUCAUUUGUCGGUAGCACUCAUCCACACUUUAGAGUAUGAGAUCGAAACUCAGGUCCUCAACUAUCUCCUCGCUCUCCCUCCUCCUCCCCUUCCUCCUGCUCUCCUUAAUACUCUUCACCACCCAUGCAAGUCUCCUUGACCAAUGCGCCUUUUCCAUAGCGGCCCUCUUCGUCGACCCACACGUAAAUGAAUGCAUCCCGAUCGCUCCUCUCGCCCAGCUUGCCAACGGCACGGAUGUGACCCCAAAACUCGUCAAUGACACCUCAACGACCUUUUGCGCCAUGCCCUUCUGCAGCGCCCCAACCGUUUCCUUGAUGGAGAACACCAUGAACCAGAACUGCGCCGAGACCACGGACGACAUUGAUUCCAACCACUGGUUUUACGGGUUCGCCUCACUCUACGUCCCCUUCAAACAGGGCAUGUGUCAACGAGUCCAGACCCCGCCGACGAAUGGAACCUUCUGCGUCACGCUACUCACGGAAUCCUUGAAUGCUUAUGUGGCAAAGCAUCCGAAUAAGAAGGGAUGGGACAUCUUGGCGAACUCGACAGAGAUGCAGCAGUACGUGGAUGGGAUACCAACAUCGAUGCUGUGUACGGCCUGUAACAAGGCCAUGAUCAAUCCAUUAAUGAAUUUUGUGGAGGUAAGACAGUUGGCACUCGAUCCGGUCGUGGUUUCAUGGGCGAGCUCCUUGGGAAACGGGAUCCAGGAACGAUGUGGAGAGGACUUUUUGUCACACAUGCCUCCGCUUGCACAGCAGUCGCUGACCCCGAAUGAUGCAUAUGCAUUGAGGAGCUCUUCUUCUUGGAGGAGGUCGUCAUUACCGGCGGUAUGGAUCGCCGUCUUGUACCUUAGCACUGUGAUACCCUAAAAAAUAAAAAAUAAUAAAAAC